UCGGCCUCAGCUAUCCCGCUUUGGCCCCCGGGGCUCCGCAGACUCCUUGUUCCCCCGCCGGGGCUGGCAGCGUGCUCGCGCGCUGCGCCUGGGGAUGGGGUCUUUGCCGAAGUUAGGCCGGCCCUUCUGGGGUCUUCGAGGCGCCUCGGCCCCCCCGUGACCGCCCUGCGCGCUUGGUGCCGCUGUCCCCACAAUGAAGGGCAGCGAAGGGGACACGGGCGAGCAGGCCCCGCUGAACCCGGAGGUGGAUAGCCCGGCGGGUUCGGCCACGUACCGGGAUUUCGUGCACCGCGGCUACCUGGACCUUAUGGGGGCCAGCCAGCACUCCCUGCGGGCGCUCAGCUGGCGCCGCCUCUACCUCAGCCGGGCCAAGCUCAAAGCCUCCAGCCGCACGUCUGCCCUGCUGUCGGGCUUCGCCAUGGUGGCCAUGGUGGAGGUACAGCUGGAGAGUGACUAUGACUACCCACCAGGCCUGCUAGUGGCCUUUAGUGCCUGCACUACCGUGCUUGUAGCAGUGCACUUAUUUGCACUCAUGGUCUCCACAUGUCUGCUGCCCCACAUUGAAGCCGUGAGCAACAUCCACAACCUCAAUUCAGUCCACCAGUCACCACAUCAGCGACUCCACCGUUAUGUGGAAUUGGCCUGGGGCUUCUCCACUGCCUUGGGAACAUUUCUUUUCCUGGCUGAAGUUGUCCUGGUUGGCUGGGUCAAGUUUGUGCCCAUUGGGGCUCCCAUGGACACAAUGGCUCCUGUAGUGUCUAUGUCUCAAGUGCCACCAGCGACCUCCUUCACUCCAGCUGCCAACCUCCCACCAUCCUCUGCUUCUGCAGCCCCAUCAGGGCAGCCUACCAAGGCCUGCCCAUCCUGGCAAGCAUGCGGUAGUGGUGCCUAUGGGCCAGGGUGGCAGGCAGCUAUGGCUUCCACGGCAAUCAUGGUACCUGUGGGACUUGUGUUUAUGGCCUUUGCCCUACAUUUCUACCGCUCCUUGGUGGCCCACAAAACAGAUCGCCACAAGCAGGAGCUGGAGGAGCUGAGUCGCCUGCAGGGGGAGCUGCAGGCUGUGUAAGCCUGGCUUUAGCCAGCUUCCCUCCCUGAGAAGCCCCAAGAGUCUAUAGACAUUUUAUUCUCUGCCCCUUGGCUGGAGUCACUUACUGUGGUUAUUCACAGGUAGAGUCCAGAUUCCUGCCCAGUCCUACAUUCCUAGGGAUGUUCCCUGUCAGGGUGUCCCAGUGGGUUUUGUAAGCUUCACUCGAUGUUGGCUGGAGGAAAAGGAAGUAGAAUUUUGUCAAUUUAAGGAUACUGGGGUAAAUGGACAAAGGAAAGGAGGCUCUCCAGGGAUCUUUGGUGCUGACCUUCAGCUGUUUGUUGUUCUACAUGAGGUCAGGCUAGUUACCUGCACAGCUGUGCCCCCCUCAAGGCAGUCAACCCUUGCUUCAUUUGUGUAGAAUUAUUUUAUAGUUGGGGGGAUUUUCUGUCAUAAUUUUAGUGGAUUUCACAUUCUCUUUUGGCUGCUGUAGAGCAUUUGGAUGUUUCUACAGUAGGCAUAGGUCCAGCCUUUCCUCGGAGCCCCUCCUCACUUAAGAGGCCCAUGGUGGUGCUUGCCUCACUGACCUAGGCUUGCACACUUCUAUACCUGGUUCUCACCCUCCUUGGCCUGUGCUGAGGAUCUGUGCAGCUGGCUUGACUUUUUAGCAAGGGUUGGAUGAGGAGAUCUUGAGGUAGAUCUAGCCCUUGGAGUUCUUCUGACACUGAAUUUUUGAUGCACCUUGUUUUGUAUAAUAAAUUGUGUUUCACAGA